AUGACCCGUAGCCAGUCGGGAGGUUUAUUGCCGUUGGAUCCGGAGCUUGAACGCACCUGUCGCCAACUCAGGAGACAACAGCGAGCUAGACUGGCUACGGAGGAGCGCAUAGACGGCCAAUUGAGCAACAAUUCUAAGGAAGAGUACGAGAUGGAUGGCGAACACAACCCACACCAAGGGAAUCCUCUCCAGGUUCCCUUGGUGAAUCAGAUCUUGGGGAACAACCCCAUACCCCAGGAAGAUGGGGUUCAUCAUCAUCCACCGCCGCCGGGUCCCACCUUGGAGUACUACUACCCUCCACGGGUUGUUGAUAUCCGCCUGUCAUCCUCUACCCGCCCAUCCAGCGAACAACUUCGAGAUCAAGCCAUCCUGGAUUCAACUCAUUACAUCAUCUGUCCAGUUUUAUGGCUUGAAGGAUGA